AUGUUGAUCAUGCUGUUGUUGCUCUUCAACUUGCUGAUCCAGCCUCAACCUGGUGCAAGUACUGUGGUUGACCCCAACACUUUCUCCUUUGUUACUUUCACUCCUGAAAGUUGCACCAAUGGUGAGCUGCUUUGCAUGGGUUCAGCCACUGCUGGAAAUGGGUAUUUGAGUCUCACCAAAGAGCCACAACAAAGCAGCAACUCAAGUUCAACACUGUCUAACAGAACCAGCAAUGUUGGAAGGGUUCUGUACCCUCAUCCUGUGCAUGUCUGGCCUGCAAUUAUCUCUACCACAUUCACUAUUAGGAUCACUCCUUUUUCAGAAAAUUCAACCGGCUCUGGGGAUGGAAUGGCACUAGUGUUUGCUCAAGAUAACAGGCCCUCACCAAAUGGCUCAUAUCUUGGCCUGUUUGAUCAAUCUACACCAGGUGGGGGUUUUCAACAACUAGCUGUGGAGAUGGACACUUUCAUGAAUGAAUUUGAUCAAGAUGGAAACCACAUUGGGAUAGUCACAACAAGCAUCACAAAUCCACUUGCAUCUGAGAGUCUCAAUAGCACUGGAAUUGACCUCAAAAGUGGAAGAGACAUUGAGGUCAAAGUUGACUAUGACGGAUGGAGUAAAAUGAUUUUUGUCUCUGUGGGAUACCCUGAAGGCCAAUUGAAGAAUGUCCUUAACCAUUCAAUUAACCUACCUGACAUUGUGCCAAGCUCCAUAUAUGUUGGUUUCACAUCCUCCACGGGCAACACUUUUCCUGAGAGCCACCAGGUCCUCAAUUGGGUAUUCACAUCAGUGCCACUGCCUUUUCUUUCUGUUGAACAAUCUAGAGUUGGCACCACCAUCAAGACCAUAUUGGUAAUUGUCAUGGUAUGCUUAUUUCCUUUUAUUUGGAUAGCUGUUUGGAGGAAAAGAUAUAUGAGGGGUAAAAGGAAGGGGGAUAUAGAAAGCCUAUCAAAGACUGCAGAUAUCCCUAAGGUGUUCACUUACAAGCAACUAUCAAGGGCCACAUGCAACUUCAACCCGGAAAAUCUUUUGGGAAAGGGUGCAUUUGGAAGUGUUUAUAAAGGAAUCAUAUUAGACUCUGGAAAAACUGUAGCAAUAAAGAAGAUUUCAGCAACUUCUAAGCAAGGUGAAAGAGAGUUCUUAGCUGAAAUAUGCACCAUAGGGCGUCUUAGGCACAAAAACUUGGUGAAGCUCCAAGGUUGGUGCAGCGAAGGGAAGAAUCUUCUCUUGGUUUAUGAUUACAUGCAAAACGGAAGCCUUGAUCACUUCAUAGGCAAAGGAAGUCUGAACUGGCAAACCAGGCACAAAGUAUUGACAGGAUUGGCAUCAGCAUUACUUUACCUUCAUGAAGAGUGUGGAAACCCUUUUGUUCACAGAGAUGUUAAGCCUAACAAUGUCAUGUUGGACUCUAAUCACGAUGCUCAUUUGGGUGAUUUUGGGCUAGCAAGAUUACUAAAAACUGAAGGUUCAGUGACCACAAAUCUAAAUGGAACUCUAGGAUAUUUAGCUCCUGAACUAAGCUUUACAGGGAGAGCUACACCUGAAUCAGAUGUGUAUAGCUUUGGCAUGGUAGUUCUUGAAGUCAUAUGUGGGAAAAGGUUAAACUGGAUUAAGCAAGGGAACAGUUUUGUAGACUCUGUAUGGAAUUUGCAUGCUCAAAAUGCAUUGAUCGAGUGUGUUGACCAACGACUAGAGAAAAAAAUUGACGAGGAAGAAGCUACAAGGGCAUUAAUAGUUGGAUUGGCAUGUUUGCAUCCCGAUUCCAUGUUCAGGCCAAGGAUGAGAAAAGUGGUGAACAUUUUUCAGAACCCAAAUGAACCAUUAAUGGAGUUACCAGCAGUGAGGCCAACAGGAGUUUAUGUGUCAGUUUCUUGUAGUGCAUCCUCCUCCAACUCUGGCUCUAGUGGUGAUUCACAGCUCCAAUCAUCCUCAACAUCAUCGGAUAGAAAAUUCAAUAGUCUAUGA